AUGGGCACCAGUAGCGGGUGCCAGGUGCUGGCGUGGGCCCUUGCAGCCCUGCUCGUGCUGCGCCAGGCAGGGGCCCAGGCCAGUGCAGAGCCGAACUGGGGGAGCUCAGAGCCCACAGCAGACAGCCAGGUGGCAGACAGCACCCAGACUAUGUCAUCGCCCACCCAGCGCAUAACCCUCCUUCCCCCCAUCACUGUCUUCCCCAGAAUGAGCCCCCUGAACCCUGCGCACAACGGGCGUGUGUGCAGCACCUGGGGCGACUUCCACUACAAGACCUUCGACGGGGACAUCUUCCGCUUCCCUGGCCUCUGCAACUACGUGUUCUCCGCACACUGCGGCGCCGCCUACGAGGACUUCAACAUCCAGCUGCGCCGUGGGCUGGCGGGCUCGAGGCCCACCAUCACCCACAUCAUCCUCAAGGCCCAGGGGCUGGUGCUGGAGGUGUCCAACGGUUCCAUCCUCAUCAACGGGCAGCGGGAGGAGCUGCCUUACAGCCGCACAGGCCUCCUGGUGGAGCGGAGCAGCGAUUACAUCAAGGUCAGCAUCCGGCUGGCCCUGACCUUCCUGUGGAAUGGAGAAGACAGCGCCCUGCUGGAGCUGGACCCCAAGUACGCCAACCAGACCUGCGGCCUGUGCGGGGACUUCAACGGGCUCCGGGCUGUCAACGAGUUCUACGCCCACAAUGCCAGGCUGACCCCUGUCCAGUUUGGGAACUUGCAAAAGCUGAACGGCCCCAUGGAGCAGUGCCAGGACCCCCUGCCCUCACCGGCUGACAACUGCACAGAUGAGGAGGGCAUCUGCCGCCACACUCUGCUGGGCCAGGCCUUCACUGAGUGCAACACCCUGGUGGACGCUGAUGCCUAUGUGGCCGCCUGUGUCCAGGACCUGUGCCGCUGCCCCACCUGCCCCUGUGCCACCUUUGCUGAGUACUCCCGCCAGUGCGCCCAUGCAGGGGGCCAGCCACACAACUGGCGGGGCCCUGACUUCUGCCCCCGGACGUGCCCCCACAACAUGCAGCCCCAGGAGUGCAGCUCGCCCUGUGGGGACACCUGCUCCAACCCCCAGCGCUCCCAGCUCUGCGAGGACCACUGCAUGGACGGCUGCUUCUGUCCCCCAGGCACGGUGCUGGAUGACAUCACGCAGUCAGGCUGCGUGUCCCUGCAGCAGUGCUCCUGCCGUCAUGGCGGCCACACCUAUGCGCCAGGGGCCUCCUUCACUACCAGCUGCAGCUCCUGCACCUGCUCCGGGGGGCUGUGGCAGUGUGAGGACCUGCCAUGCCCCGGCACCUGCUCCGUCCUUGGUGGGUCCCACAUCUCCACCUACGAUGAGAAGCUCUACGACGUGCAUGGGGACUGCAGCUACAUCCUGUCCAAGACAUGUGCUGACGGUGCCUUCACCGUGCUGGCCGAGCUGCGGAAAUGCGGUCUGACUGACAACGAGAACUGCCUCAAGACGGUGACGCUCAGCCUGAGCGGUGGGGACACGGCCAUCCGGGUCCAGGCCAAUGGCGGCGUGUUCAUGAACUCCAUCUACACCCAGCUGCCUGUGUCGGCAGCCAACAUCACCAUCUUCAGACCGUCGACCUUCUUCGUGGUGGUGCAGACGGGCAUCGGCCUGCAGGUGCAGGUGCAGCUGGUGCCCCUCAUGCAGGUGUUCCUCAGGCUGGACCCCUCUCACCGCGGGCAGACGUGCGGCCUAUGCGGGAACUUCAACCAGAACCAGGCCGACGACUUCACGGCGCUCAGCGGGGUGGUGGAGGGAACGGCUGCCGCCUUCGCCAACACCUGGAAGACCCAGGCCUCCUGCCCCAACGUCAAGAACAGCUUGGAGGACCCCUGCUCCCUGAGUGUGGAGAACGAGAACUACGCCCUGCACUGGUGCUCGCGGCUGACAGAUCCCGCUGGCGCAUUCUCGCAGUGCCACUCCACCGUCAACCCCGCGCCCUUCCACUCGAACUGCAUGUUCGACACGUGCAACUGUGAGAAGAGCGAAGACUGUCUGUGCGCGGCCCUGUCCUCCUACGUGCACGCCUGCGCCGCCAAGGGCGUGCUGCUCAGCGGCUGGAGGGGCGGCGUCUGCACCAAGUACAUGAGCAGCUGCCCCAAGUCCCUGAGCUACGCGUACGUGGUGGACGCCUGCCAGCCCUCCUGCCGUGCCCUGAGCGAGGCCGACGUCACCUGCAGUGUCUCCUUCGUGCCAGUGGACGGCUGCACCUGCCGCGCGGGCACCUUUCUGGACGAGGCCGGCACAUGCGUGCCCGCCCAGGACUGCCCCUGCUACUUCCAAGGCACGGUGGUGGCUCCUGGAGAGGUCGUGCACGACAGCGACGCGGUGUGCUCGUGUGCGAGGGGGAAGCUGAGCUGCCUGGGAGCCACCUUGCAGAAAGAUACAGGGUGCAAGGUCCCCAUGGUGUACCUGGACUGCAGCAACGCCUCGGCCGGCACCCCCGGUGCCGAGUGCCUCAGGAGCUGCCACACGCUGGACGUGGACUGCUUCAGCACACAUUGCGUCUCCGGCUGCGUGUGCCCCGCUGGGCUGGUGUCAGAUGGGAGUGGGGGCUGUGUGGCCGAGGACGCCUGCCCGUGCAUGCACAACGAGGCCACCUACCAGCCCGGGGAGACCAUCAGGGUCGACUGCAACACCUGCACCUGCAGGAAUCGCAGAUGGGAGUGCAGCCACCAGCCCUGCCUGGGCACCUGUGUGGCCUAUGGGGACGGCCACUUUAUCACCUUUGACAGCGAGCGCUACAACUUCGAAGGCAGCUGCGAGUACACGCUGGCCCAGGACUACUGUGGGGUCAACGCCACCACCAACGGGACCUUCCGCAUCAUCACUGAGAACAUCCCCUGCGGGACCACAGGUUUCACCUGCUCCAAGGCCAUCAGGCUCUUUGUGGAGGGCUAUGAGCUGAUCCUCCAUGAGGGGACCUUCAAAGUGGUGGAGAGGGGAUCGGGCAGGGACCCACCCUACAGGAUUCGCUACAUGGGCAUCUUCCUGGUCAUCGAGACCCGCAGUGGGAUGGUCGUGUCCUGGGACCGGAAGACCAGCGUGUUCAUCCGACUGCACCAGGGCUACAAGGGCAAGGUCUGCGGCCUGUGCGGGAACUUUGACGGCAACGCCAUCAACGACUUCACCACGCGGACCCAGUCCGUGGUGGGCAACGCGCUGGAGUUCGGAAACAGCUGGAAGCUCUCCCCAUCCUGCCCGGACGCCCAGGCGCCCAAGGACCCCUGCACCACCAACCCUUACCGCAAGUCCUGGGCCCAGAAGCAGUGCAGCAUCAUCAACAGCCCCGUGUUCGCCGCCUGCCGCUCGCAGGUCGACUCCACCAAGUACUAUGAGGCUUGCAUGAGUGAUGCAUGUGCCUGUGAUGCAGGGGGCGACUGGGACUGUUUCUGCACUGCCGUGGCCGCCUACGCUCAGGCCUGCCACGACGUGGCUGUGUGUGUGUCCUGGAGGACUCCGGACAUCUGCCCCUUGUUCUGCGACUACUACAACCCACACGGGGAGUGUGAGUGGCACUACAAGCCGUGCGGGGACCCCUGCCUGAGAACCUGCCGGAACCCGAGCGGGCACUGCCUCGUCGACCUGCCAGGCCUGGAAGGCUGCUACCCCCAAUGCCCGCCCAGCAAGCCCUUCUUCAGUGAGGACCACAUGCAGUGCGUGGCCCAGUGCGGCUGCUACGGGGAGGACGGACUCUACUAUGACAUUGGCUCAAGGGUCCCCACAGCCGAGAACUGCCAGAGCUGUAACUGCACCCACAGCGGCCUCCAGUGCACUCACAGCCUCACAGCCUGCACCUGCACCUACGAGGGCAGGACCUAUGAUUACAACGAUGUCAUCUACAACACCACCGAUGGGCUAGGCGGCUGUUUAACCGCCAUCUGUGGAAACAACGGAACAAUCAUCCGGAGGGCCGUGGAAUGUCCCGGAACCCUGUCCACGACACCAUUCACCUUCACCACCACCUCGGCCCUGCCCCCCAUGACAGCCCCCGCCCUGUCUACCGUGUGUGUCCGCGAGGUCUGCCACUGGUCUGCCUGGUAUGACGGCGACCGCCCAGAGCCCAGCAUGGGAGGUGGAGACUUCGAAACAUUUGCCAACCUGAGGAACAGAGGAUAUCAGGUUUGCCAGGCUCCGGCUGACAUUGAAUGCAGGGCACAGCGGUUCCCCUCCAGGCCCCUGGAGGUCCUGGGCCAGAAGGUGGACUGUGACCGGACUCAGGGGCUGACAUGCCUCAACAGCGAGCAGAGCCCCUCGCUCUGCCACAACUAUGAGCUGCGUGUUCUGUGCUGUGACUAUGUGCCCUGCAACCCCACCCCAGUCCCGGGCACCAGCCCCUCACCCUCCCCCAGUGCCACCACCCAGCCUGGGGCCACCACGGAGCCCACUGUGGCUUCCACCGCCACUGGGACAGCACCCCUCACAUCCUGGCCCACACCCACCCAGACCAUAGCAACCAAAGAAACCACCCUGCAGGCCACACCGGGCUCCCAGUCCACAGCUGCCCUCACAGCACAGACCAGGUCUGUCUCGCCCAUGGCAACGGCCACCAGCCUGGUCACCAGCCCCCUAGCCCCGAGCACCACCUGUCGACCCCGAUGUCAGUGGACAGUGUGGUUUGAUGAGGAUUACCCCAAGUCUGAAGAAGCUGGGGGGGACAUCGAGUCAUAUGAUAAAAUCAGGGCUGCCGGAGGGGACAUCUGUGAGCAGCCGCAAGACAUACAGUGUGAGGCUGAGAACUUCCCCAACCAGACCCUGGAGGAGGUGGGCCAGCGUGCACACUGUGACCUCAGCUUUGGCCUGGUGUGCAGGAACCAGGAGCAGGCGGGCCUGUUCAAGAUGUGCUACAACUACCGGAUCCGCAUGCUCUGCUGCAGCACCGACCACUGCCAGGGAAGCACCAGCACCACGACGCCAGCCACAGAGCAGGGGACAGCCACCACAGCCACCCCACCCCUGUCCUCAAUGCCAUCACCCAGGAGUAGUCCAGAGGUGACCUGGACUUCCCCAGCCAGCACCACAGCAGGAUCCACCCCCUCAAAAGUAUCAACAAUCCCUAGCCACACGGAAACCUUUGUUACAGCCACCACGGGAAGCCUCACGGCUUCUCCAGUCUCCACAGGACCCACCAUCCCAGGGGGAACCACGUCAGUCCUUCCAACUCACACGACCUUGCCAGGGACCAUUGGCAGUACUGGCACUCCAGGCAUCUCACAGCUGCCCACACCAGCCCCAGUAACAAAGCAAACCUCCACAGCUCACCCGCAAACAGGAGUACCGACAGGCACAGCCAGCACCCUCUCCAAAGGGCCUCUGACCACCAGCCUGCUGCUGACAACACGCACGAGCUGGCCGUCCACCAGCCACGUGCAGACCAGCGCACUCAAGUCAGAGAUGCCACCGGGCACCUCGACCAAGGCCUCCACCAGCCAGGGUGCAACGCUGUGUCAACCCCGGUGCGAGUGGACAGAAUGGUUUGACGUGGACUUUCCCAUCUCAGGGGUUGCAGGAGGAGACAUGGAGACCUUCGAAAACAUCAGAGCUGCUGGGGGCAAGAUGUGCUGGGACCCACAGAAGAUCGAGUGCCGGGCAGAGAACUACCCCGAGGUGAGCAUCGACCAGAUCGGGCAGGUGGUGAACUGCAGCCUGGACACGGGGCUGGUGUGCAGGAACGAGGACCAAACCGGGAGGUUCAACAUGUGCUUCAACUACAACGUGCGCGUGCUCUGCUGCGACGACUACAGCCUCUGCCCCAGCGCCACCACGCCCCCGCCCAGACCCCGCACCACGGCCACCACCCAACACCCCCAGCAGAGCCUUACCUCACCCAGGACCGCCAAGAGCCUCUCCGUCCCCACCACUCAGACAGGCACCCUCUCCAGGGCCACCGAGAGGGUCUCCAUCCCCACCACCCACACAGGCCACACCCUCUCUGGGAUCACCAAGAGCAUCUCCAUCCACAGCCCCUCUACACCUACAGCCACCACCACCAGCCUCUUCCAUACCUCAGAGCAGCCCACCGCUGGGAACCCAACAACAUCCCUGAGAUCGGCCUCCACCAGCGCCCCCCACACGGUCCCCCUGCUGACCUCUCGCAUUCACUUGACCCCAGCAUCCUCCAGCACCGGGCCCACCUUGGCAACCACCCUCUCCUCCAGCCCCCCACAGCCCAGCACCAGAACGUCCGCCUGGACCCCAUCCCCCAGCCCAGGCUGCAGGCCACAGUGCGCCUGGACAGACUGGUUCGAUGAGGACUACCCCACCCCUGGCCCCGACGGCGGGGACUUCGAGACCUACACGGUCAUCCGCGCAGCUGGCCAUGCCUUCUGCGAUCAGCCCCAGGACAUCGAGUGCCGCGCCGAGAAGGCGCCGGACCAGCCCCUGGAGGCACUGGAGCAGGUUGUCCAGUGCAACGUGAGCGUUGGGCUGGUGUGUAGGAACCGUGAGCAGCCCAGGUCCCUGCCCUACUGUCUCAACUUCCACGUGCGCCUGCUAUGCUGUGAAAACUACAGCCACUGCGCCACCUCGCCUGCCACCAGCACCACAGCAGCCCCCUCCACCACCCCAGAGGACAACCUCACCGACUGCCACCACAGGAGCGACAACAUCCCCCUCGACCACUCAGGAGACCACCCAAACCACAGCAGGGCUGACGUCCAGGACAUCACCCACUGCCACCACAGGAGCCAUGACAUUCCGCUCGACCACCCUGGUGACCACCCAAACAACACCAAGGCUGACCUCCAGGACCACCUCACCUGCUAUCACCAGCACCACAGCAGCCCCCUCCUCCACAACAGAGACCACCAAAACCACACCAGGGCUGACCUCAAGGACCUCCUCACCCACUACCACCAACACCACGACAUCCCCCUCCUCCAGUCCAGAGACCACCCAAACCUCACCAGUGCUGCACUCCAGGACAACCUCACCCACUACCACCAUGGGAGCCACGACAUCUCCCUCAACCACUCAGGCGACCACCGAAACCACAACAGGGAUGACCUCCAGGACCACCUCACCGAAUGCCACGACCACAGCAGCCCCCUCCUCCACGCCAGAGACCACCCCAACCUCACCAGGGCUGACCUCCAGGACCACCUCACCCACUACCACCAGUACCACAGCAGCCCCCUCCUCCAGUCCAGAGACCACCCAAACCACACCAGGGCUUACCUCCAGGACCACCUCACCCUCUGCCACCAGCUCCACAGUAAGCUCCACCUCUACCUUAAAGACCACCCAAAUCACAGCACGGCAGAGAACCAGAACCCCCUCCCCCGCUACCACCAGAACCACAGCAGCCCCCUCCUCCACGCCAGAGACCACCCCAACCACACCAGGACUGACCUCCAGGACCACCUCACCCGCUACCACCAGCACCACAGCAGCCCCCACCUCCAUGCCAGAGACCACCCAAACACCACCAGGGGUAACCUCCAGGACAACCUCAGCCAUUGCCACCACAGGAGCCACGACAUCCCGCUCUACCACUCAGGUGACCACCCAAACCACACCAGGGCUGACAUCCAGGACCACCUCACCUACUACCACCAGCACCACAGUAGCCCCCCCCUCCACGCCAGAGACCACCCAAACCACACCAGGACCGGCCUCCAGGACCACAUCACCAUCUACCACCAGCACCAUGACAUCCCUCUCCUCCAUGCCAGAGACCACACAAACAUCACCAGGGUUGACCUCCAGUACAACCUCACCCACUGCCACCACGGGAGCCCCGACAUCCCCCUCGACCACUCAGGAGACCACCCAAACCACACCACAGUUGACCUCCACGACCACCUCACCAGCUACCACCAGUACUACAGAAGCCACCUCCUCCAGUCCAGAAACCACCCAAACCUCACCAGGGUUGACCUCCAGGAUCACCUCACCCACUACCACAACAGGAGCCACGACAUCCCCCUCGACCAUUCAGUUGACCUCCACGACCACCUCACCCGCUACCACCAGUACUACAGAAGCCACCUCCUCCAGUCCAGAAACCACCCAAACCUCACCAGGGUUGACCUCCAGGACCACCUCACCCACUACCACCAGCACCAUGACAUCCCCCUCCUCCAUGCCAGGGACCACACAAACAUCACCAGGGUGGACCUCCAGGACAACCUCACCCACUGCCACCAAGACCACCCCAACCUCACCAGGGCUGACCUCCAGGACCACCUCAUCCUCUGCCACCAGCUCCACAGAGCCCCGACAUCCCCCUCGACCACUCAGGAGACCACCCAAACCACACCAGGGCUGACCUCCAGGACCACCUCACCCACUGCCACCAGCACCACAGCAGCCCCCUCCUCCAAUCCAGAGACCACCCAAACCACACCACGGCUGACAUCCAGGACCACCUCACCUGCUACCACCAGCACCACAGCAGCCCCCUCCUCCACGCCAGAGACCACCCAAACCACACCAGGGCUAACCUCCAGGACCACCUCACCUGCCACCACCAGCACCACAGCAGCCCCCUCCUCCAGUCCAGUCACCACCCAAACCACACCACAGUUGACCUCCAGGUCCACCUCAGCCGCUACCACCAGUACUACAGCAGCCACCUCCUCCAGUCCGGAGACCACCCAAACCACACCAGGGCUGACCUCCAGGACCACCUCACCCACGACCACCAGCACCACAGCAGCCCCCUCCUCCAGUCCGGAGACCACCCAAACCACACCAGGGCUCACCUCCAGGACAACGUCACCCACUGCCACCACAGGAGCCAUGACAUCCCCCUCGACUACUCAGGGGACCACCCAAACCACACCAGGGCUGACCUCCAGGACCACCUCACCCACGACCACCAGCACCACAGCAGCCCCCUCCUCCACGCCAGAGACCACCCAAACCUCACCACGGCUGACCUCCAGAACAACCUCACCCACUACCACCAGCACCACAGCAGCCCCCUCCUCCACGCCAGAGACCACCCAAACCUCACCACGGCUGACCUCCAGAACAACCUCACCCACUACCACCAGCACCACAGCAGCCCCCUCCUCCACGCCAGAGACCACCCCAACCACCCCAGGGCUGACCUCCAGGACCACCUCACCUGCUACCACCAGCACCACAGGAGCCCCCUCCUCCACGCCAGAGACCACCUCAACCACACCAGGGCUGACCUACAGGGUUACCUCGCCCAUGGCCACUCACUUCACCGCAGCCUCCACCCUGGAGAUCACGCUCAGCCCUUCGGUUGCCCCCAGCAGGCUGCCGGCCUUCAGCCUGUCCACUGCUGUCACCUCCGGCCUCAGCACCCUCGGGGCCAGCUCCUUGCCCAGCCCACCCUUCUCCCCGACCCCCUGCUUCUGCCAGGCAUUUGGGCAGCUUUUCUCACCCGGUGAGGUUGUCUACAACAAGACCGAUGGAGCCGGCUGCCACUUCUAUGCCAUCUGCAACCAGCACUGUGACGUCGACCGCUUUCAGGGCGCCUGCCCCACCUCCUCACCCCCAGUGUCGUCCUCCUCCCCUCCCCCUCCCUCCCCUCCCCCUGGCUGCGAUAACGCCAUCCCUCCACGCCAGGUUAACGAGUCCUGGGUCCUAGAGAACUGCACAGUGGCCAGGUGCGAGGGUGACAACCAUGUUGUCCUGCUGGAGCCGAAGCCUGUGGCCAACGUCACCUGCGUGAACAAGCAUCUGCCCGUCAAAGUAUGGCACCAGAGCCAGCCCUGUGAUGUCCACUACGAAUGCAUGUGCUCCUGCAGCGGGUGGGGGGGAUCCCACUACUCCACCUUUGACGGCACCUCGUACUCCUUCCUGGACAACUGCACCUACGUGCUGAUGAGAGAGAUCCACCCUCGCCACGGGAACCUGACCAUCCACCUGGACAACUACUACUGUGGUGCCUCCCCCGCCACCACCAGCUGCCCCCGGGCCAUCAGCAUCGACUACAAGUCCAUGGAGAUCGUCCUCACCACCACCACCAUCGAGGGGAAGGAGGACAGUCUGAUCCUGUUUGACCAAGCGCGGGUGAGCGGGGGCUUCAGCAAGAACGGUGUGAGCGUGUCCGUGACCGGGGCCACCACGAUGCACGUCAACAUCCCCACCCUCGGCGUGAGCAUCACCUUCAAUGGGCGCAACUUCCAGGUCCAGCUGUCCUACAGCCUCUUCAGCAACAACACGGAGGGCCAGUGCGGCACCUGCACGAAUAACCAGCAGGAUGACUGUCGCCGGCCAGAUGGCACCACGGCCCCGACCUGCAAGGACAUGGCUACGUCCUGGCUGGUCCCCGAAAGCAGCAAGGAGGGCUGCGGAGCCCCAACUGGUGCACCCCCAACUGCCAGCCCACAGCCCCCGGUACCCAGGACGCCCACCUCCACCCCAUGUCCCCCCACGCCUCUCUGCGAGCUCAUGCUCAGCCAGGUCUUUGCCGAGUGCCACAGCCUCAUCCCGCCAGACCCAUACUUUACCACCUGUGUCAGUGACAGCUGCCAGGCCGGCCACCCCAAGGUGCCCUGCCAGAGCCUGGAGGCCUAUGCAGCACUCUGUCGUGCCAGGGGCAUGUGCCCUGACUGGCGGAAUGCCACCGGCGGGCUGUGCGAUCUCCCCUGCCCUCCCACCAAGGUGUACAAGCCCUGCGGCCCCAUGCAGCCUGCAGCCUGCGACUCCAGGACCCAGAGCCCACCAGUGGAGGUGCUGGCAGAGGGCUGCUUCUGCCCUGCAGACCAAAUCCUCUUCAACGCGCACACGGACGUCUGCGUGCCUGCGUGCCCCUGUGUGGGACCUGAUGGGUUUCCCAAAUUCCCCGGAGAGCAGUGGAUCAGCAACUGCCAGGCCUGUGUGUGUGACGAGGGCUCAGUGUCCGUGCAGUGUGCGCCGGUGCCGUGUGAGGACUGGGGCCAGCCCACGCCGUGCAGCCAGGCCGGCUUCAUGAACGUGACCAGACCCCGGGCUGACAACCCCUGCUGCCCCGAGACACUGUGCGUCUGCAACGCGACCACCUGCCCCCAGAGCCUGCCCAAGUGUGGGCCGGGGGAGGAGCUGACCCGUGCCCAGGAGGAGGGCGACUGCUGCCCCACCUUUGGCUGCCGACCUAAGCUGUGCACAUACAACGGCACCGCCUACGGGGUUGGUGCGACUUUCCCAGGGGUCAUCCCGUGCCACACAUGCACCUGCCUGUCCGAGGACACCCAGAACCUAACCGUGUGGUGUGAGAAGGAUGCCUGCACCACCACCUGCCCCCAGGGCUUCGAGUACUCAAGGGUGGCUGGGCAGUGCUGCGGGGAGUGCGUGCAGACCGCCUGCCUCACACCGGACGGCCAGCUUGUCCAGCCCAACGAAACCUGGGUCAACAGCCUCAUGGACAACUGCACCGAGUACCGCUGCGAGGCUGGAAACGGCCGACCCCUGCUGACCCCUCAGCCCACGUCCUGCCCUGACGUGUCCAGCUGUAGGGGGAUCCUCAGGAAAACCGGCUGCUGCUACUCCUGUGAGGAAGAGGACUCCUGUCGAGUCCACAUCAAUACAACCGUCCUGCGGCACCAGGACUGCGUGACCGAAGUCAACAUCACCUCCUGUGAGGGCUCCUGCCCCGGAGCGUCCAAGUACUCUAUGGAGGCCCAGGCCAUGCAGCACCUGUGCACCUGCUGCCAGGAGACGACGGCCCAUGAGGAGACAGUGACCCUGCAGUGUCCUGAUGGCACCAACAUCCUGCACACCUAUACUCACGUGGAUGCGUGUGGCUGCACCCCAUCCUGCUUGCCCUCGUCCACAGCUCCCACGGACACCCCUGUCUCCUCAGUCUAGGGGCCACUGCUGUCCAACAAUGUCCUGCCCACCCCCCAAGCCCUCUCCACCUGGAACAGAUGCAGCACCCAACCACGCACAACUUAGGUGGGCCUUCUCCACGGAGUCCACACUAACCUGCCAUGGCUCCCACUGCCUCUGCACACCUUCCAUCUGCCCCUCAGUGAAACCGGCACCCUGGGGGCUGAUGGGCUGGUGAGGAUUGGCUUAAGGAGGGCGCCUGGCAGGGUCCUGCCCUCGGAGGCACCCUACCCCCGCCACUGGCCUGUCUUGGCCACCUGCUCAGCGUCACCUGCAACACUCCCCACCCUGGCCUCACCCCCUUCCUGGUGUCAUUGGGACACCCUGGAGCUCACUGAGCAUCUGCCAGUGCACUGCUUCCCACUGAGGGCCAUGUGUCCCCCACCAUACCACAGAGCCCCCCUAGAGCACGGACUCCCUCUUGGCCACCGCCAUCGGCCAAGAGCAGAGAGGCACCUGUCCAGGCAAGGUCAGCUGCCACCACAGAGCUGCAUCAGGCAAGAUGGCUGCCUGCCCAUAUCUGGACCCAGUGGCAUGUUGCAAGGGGACCUGAGGGCUGAGGUCACGAUGGCUGAAGGGUGGGAUGGAGAGGGGUCGGCACCCCAAAGCA